CGGUAGUUGCUUCUCCGAUCGCCUGGCCUGCGGACGUCCCCCGCACGGAGUACGGCCAUCCUACCGCCAGGGCGCUCCCCGCACCACCUCCGCGAUGACGAGGGUCCUGGCCGCGUCGGCGCUGGUCGUCGCCGCCGGCCUCGCGGUUCUCGCGGUCCUCGCGCACGCCGCCAAGGACGGCGACGCCUGCUACCACCGCCGGCUCAAGGCGUCCGGGACAUGCCGGCCGCUGUCGGCGUGCCCCGCGGCCGCGGGCGCCUCGGAGCAGCCGCGCCAGCAGUGCCCCUUCCGCAAGGGCGACCCGGCCACCGUCUGCUGCCCCGAGGCCGCCGCCGAGCCCGCCGCGGCCGCGCCGCACAAGGAGGGCGACAGGGACUCGGCGCAGCCCUGCCACCGGCUCCUGGAGCGCCCCGAGGACCCCGCGCCGCCCAGUGGAGGCCCCCCGGGGACCGUCGCCAGAGCGAGUGAGUGCUGCCCAGUGUGUCAGAAGUACGCCCGCCUGACGUGCGAGCGGAAGCGCGUCGCGUUCCCCUUCGACGAGCUCACCGUGGUGGACUACUGCGAGUCGCACAACAGGACGGACCAGCUCAUCGUGGGCGGGCGGGCGGCGCGCGCUAAGGAGUACCCGCACAUGGCGCUGCUGGGCUACGGCGACAAGAAUGACAUCCAGUACCUGUGCGGCGGCACGCUCAUCUCCCCCAACUUCGUCCUCACGGCCGCGCACUGCCUCAGCAACUCCAACAGGGAGGAGGUUCGCUGGGUGCUGCUGGGCACGCGGGGCCGCUCGGAGCGCGCCGGCCAGGACCGGCCGCAGCUGCUGGCCGUGGCGCAGCGGCUCCGCCACCCGCAGUACGACCCGCCCGUCAAGUACCACGACGUGGCGCUGCUCCGCCUCGCGCAGGACGCGCGCUUCGACGAGGGCUUCGUGCGGCCGGCGUGCCUGGGCGCGGAGCCGCGCGUCGAGCAGCGGCACCGCACGGCCACGGCCACCGGCUGGGGCAACACGGACUGGGACGGGGAGGCCAGCGCCCUGCUCAUGACCGUCACCCUCAACCUCACGUCGCUGGAGGACUGCCGGAGCGCGUACGGCAGCGACAACCGGGGCAUUCCCAACGGCAUCCUCGACAGCCACCUGUGCGCGGGGUCGCCCGGCAAGGACUCGUGCGAGGGGGACUCGGGCGGACCGCUGCAGCUCUUCCCCACGGACCCAUACUGCAUGUUCCACGUGGUCGGGGUCGUGUCCUUCGGCCAGUUCUGCGGCUUCAACACGCCGGGGGUGUACGCCCGGGUGUCGCACUACCUGCCCUGGAUAGAGGGCGCCGUCUGGCCAUCCAGCACCAAGGCGCCGACCAGGAGGCCCGGACCCGAGAUAACGUACAGGACGUGAGAUCCUGGGAGGUCCUGGGGGUCCGAGCCGGUAGGCGACUCAUCCAUACGCGCUCGUACGCGUGCCGACGUCUGCAGGCGAACCAAACAGGAUCAGCAAAAGUGUUUCUGUUUUCUUUUAUUUAUUUAUAUUUUACUUUAGAAAAUAUUUAGAGCAAAUGACCAUGUAAAUGUGUAUUUUUUUAAAAUAAAUAAUAGGAAAAAUA